AUGAACUCUUCCCCGCUCGGCUCCUCCACACCCUCCACCACCCCGGCCACAUCGACAACCGAGGGAGACGCACCGCCUGUACCUAUGCGACCCCAGCGGCCCAGCGUCGACCCCGUGAAGCGCUACAGUAUGAAUGGCUCGUCGACGACUCCCACCAACGGCUCUGCGCCCCACAACUCGUUCAACCGAUCGUCGUUGCUCGCACCACGCGUCAUCUCCGUGACAGAUAACUCUUGGGUUCACCAGCAGGUCCUACUCAUAUUUGGACAAGUGGGCGAUCCCUCUCACAAACCCUUGGACGGCAACCUUACCGUCAACCACCACCAAGCCCGAUUCCCACCGACGUGCUGGCCAGUAAGGGACUCGUACUUCAAAGCAUUGGUGCACCUGGAGCCGGGGUGGAACCGAGUUCGUCUCGACUUCUCGUCCCCCAAGGUCUCCUCCGGCAACACCUCCAUCUCCCCCCACACGACGUUUAUCAACAUCAACUAUCUUCCCUUGACACACUCGCCGCCGCUCCAGCUUGCUAUCAUCCUUGGGAGCGACUCGCCGGGCACAUACGAUGCACCGCCAUCGCGCACGGAGACCGAAGGCAACGGGUUAGAUCUCGCGGUGAAGAAAUUCCGUAUGGCCGCGUACCUGUGGCAGGCUUUCACCGGCGAGCAGAUGAAACGCCACGGCUUUGGUCGACGCUGUUUUCGCCUCGAAGAUGCGUGGGAGCCUGGCACGAUAAGCUACCAGGACUGGGAGCCCGGUCACUUCCGGACUCAGGCCAAGGUGCACGUCAUACGCUCAAGCAAGACCGUCGCAGAGAUAAGAGACCUUGACCGAGCGCAACAGUACGGCCCAGGAACGAAGAAGGGCGAAUUGUUUGGCAUUGCUGCCGACGCUGUCAAAGACCAUUUCCACAUCACGCCAGGCCAGAAGCUCUACGUUUCUUGCAUGUUCCUAGACUCGACGUGGGACGCAAAGGAGCAGGUCAUUCGCGGACAUGCGGCGCUGGGCGGAGGCGUGCCAGACUUGCAGCUCGGCAUCUUUGGGUCGCAAGCACUGCACAGCUAUCCAUCCAGCAUCGAAGAAGUCACCCAAGCUUUCGAAGACUGCACUCGAACAGACACCAACUUCGUAGCAAACGACUGCAACGAGUCCGGCAGCAACUGGGAGGCAGCCAACAUUGGCAUUGGCGCCCAUCUGCACGAAACCGGGCAUCUGUUUGGUUGUCCUCACCAGGAAUCAGGUGUCAUGUUGCGCGACUACGUCACGCUCAACCGCACGUUCAUCUGCCGCGAACCUUAUUCGACCCGUACGAAGUCGCCUGGUCAGCGGCUGGUACUACCGGAGGACGAGUGCAGAUGGCACAGACUGGACGUGUUGCGCUUCCGGUUCCACCCGUGCUUCCGGAUACCGAUCGAUAGAGCCGACGUUAACAACGACGGGAGCGUACAGGUCUGGACGGUUGACCCCGGUCAGGGUGGUGUGAUUGCAACGUCAAAAUCAGGCAUCGCUUGGGUGGAGCUGUACACUGAGGGAGACGAUGUUUGUCGCUAUUGGCGAGAGUGGCCGGAAGUCGAGCUUCAGUACCCACGACAAGUCGCCUUGGAUGAGAAUGAGCUUCGCUCAGUGCUGCCAAAGGAGAAGCAGAAGUCGAAAUUGAAGGUCGAAGUGUAUUCCGCAGCGGGAGGAAGGCAUGUCAUUGAGGACUUGAGCCAACUCGCGAACCAAAAGCUGGCACGAGUCAAGAUUCCCAACGGCCGCUGGGGCUACCGCGGCAGCAAGUUGGGAUACUCGCAGAUGGAGGGAUCCCAACCACAGGAGAUCAUCCUCGAGAGUGCGCACAUUCAGACGAAACUUUUGCUUAGCAUCAAGGUCUAUUCCGGGCUGUGUGUUGAUGGCCUGGAGUUCAUGUAUGAAGAUGCAACAAGCCAAUUGUUUGGCAAACGAGGGGGGCACGCAACCGACUUCCCACUAGAUACACGCAAAGGGGAAAUGCUCUUGGGAUUUGCUUUACGAGCCGGACUCUGGAUCGACGGUAUUCAAAUUCUGACAAGUCUGGGAAGGGCAAGCGAGUGGUUUGGUAAUGCCACUGGCGGUAGCGGGCACACCCUCAUCCCUCCGCGUGGAUACACCAUCGGUGGCAUAUCCGGAUCCUCGGCCGCAUGGCUUGACGGCUUUUCCCUGAUCAUCACUCGUUAG